GGAAUCGAUCAAUCUUCAGUUAAUACCAUCUCUACCAAAAUGAAGAAUUCUAACGAUACUCUGGCAUCUAAUAUAUCUGAUAGGGGCGGAGCCCCAUUUCUUUGUAAUAAUACUUCAAAUUCCGAUGUUGCUCCCGAACGAAUAGAAAAUAGUUCCAAUAACACACCCGAUUCUGAUCCAUACCUGGAAAAGGAUAGCCGAUCUUUCACAUCUCUUAUUCCUAUAGGAACUUUAUCAUCGGAAGAGAAAGAAAUUGAUGAAUUUUUGGAAUUACAGGAAAAGGAGAGGAUUAGUAAUAUGGCAAGAGAAAGAAAUAGGAAAAAGAAGAUUUGCCGAGGGCAACAAUUGGUACGAAAAACAUCUUCCUCUUCUGAUACACAAAAUGCAAUUUCUACUGAGAUAAAUCCUAUUAUUGAAAUUACCCAUGAUCAUAAAACUACCCGAUUAGAAUCAAUGCCUACUGAUCAAGCACAAAAUACCGGAAUCAAAAUUCCAUACAACAAAAGAGUAGAGCAAGUCUUAAGACACGAUUUAUCU